AUGAAUCUGAUCGAGCAGGCUAAGAACUUCGUGGCGGAGAAGGUCGCGAACAUGCCGAUGCCGGAGGCGGCGGUCGACGACGUUGAUCUGAAGGGGUUCGGCUUUGACGGCAUCACCCUCCUGGCCAAGGUCUCCGUCUCCAACCCCUACUCCGUCCCCAUCCCGAUCUGCGACAUCAAAUACUCCGUCAAGAGCGCCGGCCGAGAGAUCGCCUCCGGCACGAUCCCAGAUCCGGGCUCCCUCAAGGCCGACGACACGACAAUGCUCGACGUCAACGUUAAGGUCCCGCACAGCGCUGUGGUUAGCCUCGUCCGUGACAUCGGCGGCGAUUGGGACAUCGACUACCUCCUGGAGCUGGGGCUCAUCAUCGAUCUUCCGGUCAUCGGGAACAUCACUAUCCCGAUCUCGUACAAGGGCGAGAUGAAGCUCCCCACCAUCUCCAACUUCUUUGGAGGGGGGAAAUCGUCUGCCGAAGUUGAGGAGGCCAAAUGA